UCCCCUUCCUUUUCCUUUGAUGGGGAUCCUAGUUGCAAAGGCGUUUGUUUCUGCCCGGGAACUAUUUUCUUCGCGAACGCGUCUUGUGUCCUGGAGACUGCAGGGAAGGCGACGAGAACAAAGCUUGGCUGCGUUGUGAGGAUGCUGAACGUCGACCGGCUUUCUCAGUCCGGGCUCGACUAUCUGGCUCAGAGACAUGUCCUCACGUAUAUGGAAGAUGCAGUGAGCCAGCUGCUGGAAAGCAGAGAGGAUAUUAGUCAAUAUGGCAUUGCCAGAUUCUUCACUGAAUACUUUAACAGUGUGCAUCAAGGAACUCAUGUUUUGUUCCGCGAGUUCAGCUUUGUGCAAGCUACACCACACAACCGGGUAUCUUUUCUAAGGACUUUCUGGCGGUGCUUCAGAGCAGUGGGCAAAAAUGGAGACUUGCUGACUGCCAAGGAGUAUCACUGUCUGUUGCAGCUGCUUUGCCCUGACUUUCCAAUGGAGCUUACUCAAAAAGCAGCAAGGAUUGUGCUAAUGGAUGAUGCGAUGGACUGCUUGAUGUCUUUUUCAGACUUCCUGUUCGCUUUCCAGGUCCAGUUUUACUACUCUGAGUUCCUUGAAAGUGUGGCUGCCAUCUAUCAAGAUCUCCUGACUGGCAAAAGUCCCAACACUGUCAUUGUGCCCACAUCAUCUUCAGGGCAGCAUCGUCCCCGCCAGACUCUAAGUGACUGCAGCCCACUUGAUGGGGUGGAUGCCUCUGCAUUUUACCAGUGCCUUGAGUCUCUCUGUGACAGGUCCAAAUACAGCUGCCCCCCAUCUGCUAUUGUCAAGGAAGUUCUGAGCAGUGUGCAGAGACUGACCUUCUAUGAAUUUCUGAUGGCUCUUACAAAGCAUCAUGGGAUCAACAGAGCCCUUGGUGCUCUUCCAGAUAAAGCAGAGCUCCUACUUGACCCCCUUAUGGAUCAAGAACUAGAGAAACUCAUAGCCCAAGUCUCCGGGCUGUCCAUUUCCAGUUCUUCCAUCUCCAGUGGGGAUACUGGAAAUCUGCCUUCCCGCCAGUCUCCUAGGCUCAGUUCCCCAUGGAGGCCUCUCUACCACCGCCGGAAAAUGGAUGCUGAAAGUGAUGGCUCCACAGAGGAGACAGAUUCUUCUGAGAAUUAAUAGAAGGCUGAAGCACCAGCUCAUGUCCAUAGUUUUAUAACUGAAGGCAGUGAGACGCAUGAGAAUCAGCAUUUUUGCACCUCUGGGCCAUCUUUGUACCUAAUUGGUUUCUUACUAUAUAUACAGUACAGUGCAUGUGUAUUCAUGUGUUAGCAGCACUGACCAACCCUGUUCUAACCGUUCUGCUCCCAUUCUGGAGAGGCAAUGAGAGGUGAGAUUCAUUUGCAGGAGUAUACUGUCCUCUAGUGGCAAAUAAGGAACACACAUAUACCCUUUUGAAGGAGUUAUUUUCAUCCCUCAGCAAGUGAAGUAUUAUAGAAUAUUAAACUUGCAAACAGAUGGCACUUUGAUCCCCCUUAGCUUGUUAUACUUUGUGUUGGAAAGCUGUAUGUGUUUCCUAGAUGGAUAUCCUAAUUUCCACCAAGACCUAAGUGUGAAUUAGAAGCGGUGCCAUAUUAGUAAAUUGCCCAGUUAAGGAAUUAUACACUUUGUGACCAUUGUGGAAAGACUCUUUUUCAGUUGUUCUUACUGGCCCCACCUUAGAACAACACAGGAAACCAUUACCUACUGUAACUGUGAACUUAAAUAUAUCUCAUGAUCAUAAUUUAGAAAAUACUAUCUGUAACCCAGGACAAGUAUAGUAGUAUCAGCAACCUCGCCUUCCACAAGGUAAUUUUGAGGGAACAAAAUCCUAAUGAUGACAUUUGGAGAUGACAAACCACUAUUUGUAGGUGAUGUUCUCAGGCUUGUACAUUUCUUCCUCUCUCUCUUCACAUACAGCCCUGGCCCAAAUCUGGAUGCUUCACCAAACUGGGUUUCUUUCUUUCCCAUUAACCAGUGUUCCAAAUCAAAUUUAAACUGUUGUUCAUAGUGCAUUUCUAAACACAGCUACACUCUUUUAAGUCCAUUUAAGUUAAUAGGGUUAGAAAGGUGUAAACCAUCUAGCCUUGCAGUCAGUAUCCCAGGUACAAGAAGACCCAAUGUGUUAAGAUGCCCCAAAUUCAGAUGCCAGAGUUAAGAGCAAAAGCCUGCUAAAGCAGGGAACCUUCAAACAUUGCACCUUGAGGGAAUGGGGCAGGAGAAUUGGGGCUGAACACAGGAGGAGAAUUUGAGGUAUAUUCAUGACAUGAAUAAAUUGCAAUUUGUGACUAUCAGAACCUAAUAAAGACUUUGCUGCACUGCU